AUGGCUUUGUAUGGGUAUGAUGCACCCAACUGUCUGGACUUGUUGUUGAGUGACAGUAGAGUGCCGAGGGAUCUUUUUCAGCAGAGUCAGGACAUUGUGAGAUCAUUGAAGGAAAACAUACAGAAGGCAGGAAACCAACAAAAACAAAAUGCGGACCAGAAGCGAGUUGAGCGAUCAUUCGAUUUAGGUGACAUGGUGUAUUUGAUGUUGCAGUCAUACAGGCAGUCCACACUUAAGAAGAGUGGUGCGGAGAAGCUCAAGCGGCAUUAUUAUGGGCCAUUCAGGAUUGUCAGGCGAGUUGGAGAGGUGGCCUAUGAGCUAGAGUUGCCGACAGAUGCAAAUGUGCAUAAUGUUUUUCAUUUGUCAUGCCUUAAAAAGGCGAUAGGACACCCUGUUAUACCUUCCACAGUGCUACCUCCUCUUGAUGAAGAGGGGAAACUGAUAUUAGUACUUGAGGCCAUCAUUGAUUCCAGGGAGCGUAGAUUGAGGAACAGAGUCAUCAGGGAAAAUUUGGUGAAGUGGAAAGAUUUGCCGGUUGAGGAUGCUACAUUGGAGAGAGAUGACAUUUUGUAG